CCCCGCUCCGGCGGCUCCCGGGCUCCUUCACAGCUCGCCCCAGGGGGCGCGGGGUUCCCGGUGCCCGCGGCUUUGUCAGGGAGCCCCGGCGCCUCUUUGUCUGCCGCCUCCGGGCAGCCGGGCUGGAGCCGGCACGGGCGGCACCGGCGGCCGUUUGGCUCCGGAACGGCACCGGGAGUGGGGAUCUCAGUGCCACGGGGAGCUGCUGGGCUCCGGGCGGCACCGGGAGUUGGGAUCCAGGGGGCAUCGGGAGCCGCUGGGAUCCAAAACGGCACCGGGAGUUGGGAUCCAGGCGACACCGGGAGCUGUUGGGCUCCGCCGCGGCACCGGGAGUUGGGAUCUCGGCGGCACCGGGAGCCGUUGGGCUCAAGCGGAGCCGGGCUGCAAGAGGCACAGGGCUAAACCCGCCGGUGCCGGUGCAGGAAGUGCGCAGGGAAAGGCGGGAGGGCUGACGAGUCCCCGCAGGACCGGGCUUGCCCCGCGGAGCCGGCUGCGGGGGGGGUGCCGGAGACCGGCAUCCCAUCCGCCGUCCUGGCGUCGCAAAACCUGCUGGGAACGCUGGUGGAGCUUGGAAAGUUGCUCGCACGGAAUAAUUGCUUUCGGGAAAUUUCCAGAGGGACUCGUCCACAGUCCUGUUUUGAGGCUGAAUCCCAUAAACCCGGUGCUGCGGGAGGAGCGGAGGCGCCGCCGCCGUUUGCCGGGGAGGGCUCGGUGGGGUUUCUUCUGGAACGCGAGGUCCUUCUCCAUCUGCGUGGUCUGGGCAGUCCUUUCCCUACAGCAGCGGACAGUGGGCUGGCCUGUAACGACUCGUCUGUGCAAGCUGCCUGUCCUGGAGGACUACGCGGACCCCUUCGAUGCGGCGCAGGUGGCUGGGAGCCAGGCAGGGCUGGAGAAAGUGAUGGAGAACGAUGGAUACAUGGAGCCGUACGAAGCCCAGAAGAUGAUGGCUGAGAUCCGCCAGAAAGGCUUACGGGAGGCUCCCGCCCGGCCGCUACACCUCUACGACACUCCCUACGAGCCGGUGCUCGGAGGGCUGGAUGUGGAUACUGAGCGCCCGGCUUGCUCCAGGCCCAGGGAGUCCCGGUUGCCUGAGGAUGAUGAGCGACCGCCAGAGGAAUAUGACCAGCCCUGGGAGUGGAAGAAGGAGCGGAUCUCCAAAGCGUUUGCAGUUGAAAUCAAGGUCAUUAAAGACCUGCCGUGGCCACCGCCGGUGGGACAGCUUGACAGCAGUGAAAGCCCCCCGGAUGGUGAGGCGGGUGCCCCCGUCCCUCCGCAGCACGGCCAGCCCGGCUACGAAGACGCCAACGAUGCCUCUGCCUGCCUCCAACAGGCACAGUGCAUCUCUUGGAGCCUGUGAUGCGAUGACUUUGUGCUGCCAGCGAACACCUCGGUGUUUGAUCUCCUGUCUUUUGAGUGAUGGCCUCAAUUUUGAAAGGUGGUUAGUUGAAAUGGAAGCCUGGAUGUUGUGCACGAGGGCAGCCCAGCUGCUGCAGGUGCAGGGCUUGGCAAACCUCAGCGCUAGGCACCUCCUCCCAGAGAUGCUUCUUGGGCUUAAGCCGGAGCGGUUUGGGGUUUGUUUGGCUGCCUUCCUCCCUGGCUGUGAGGAGACUGGCUGGGGGCCAUGGGGCUGUUUGUCCUGGAGAAGAGGAGGUGAGGGGAGACCUCAUUGCUCUCUGCAGCUCCUGGAAAGGAGGUGUUGGAGAGGUGGGUGCUGGGCUCUGCUUGCAAGUGACAAGCAGUAGGGUGAGAGGAAGUGGCCUGAAGUUGUACUGGGACAGGUUUAGAUUGGACAUCAUGAAAUACUUCUCCACUGAAAGGUUUCUCGGCCACUGGCAGAGGCUGCCCGGGGAGGAGGUUGAGUCCCUGUUCCUGGAGGGGUUUAGAAGCCAAGUAGAUGAGGUGUUCAGGGAUGGUUCAGUAGUGGACGGGUACAGUUGGACUUGACCUCAAAGGUAUUUUUCAACUGAACGAUUCUACAUUUCUCCACGUUGCAGACCUGCUCGCCUGCGCAGGGCCCGGAAAGGGUUCCCUUGGACAGGAUAUCCCACAGAGGAUGCCCUGCUAGGGAGAAAACCCUCCCUCUCAGGGUAUUUUCUGCGCCUGCCCCGCAGCAGCAUGGCCUCGGCAUCGCUUUGCUGCUGAGGCUGGGGAGGAACGAUGGAACAUCCUACCCUGGCAUGUGGGUAGGGGACAGAGCCAGAAGCAGCCUGCGGUGGGGAGAACUUGCUGAGCCAGAGACAUCCAGCUCAUCCCGGGGGCUCUGGGAGCCGCGCGCGGGCUUAUCUGCCUCCGGGAUGCCCGUGCCUCCGCGACAUCAGCCACCGGCAGCCUGGCGUCGCACAGUCCUGCCGAUCGAUAAGCAAUUUGUGCGAGGGGGCUGUCGUGGCGGGGGCCAAUGAUGGACUCGCGGGAGGAGGGAGAAACAAUAUUGUUAAUGCUGAAAUCCGCCUGCACAGAAAUAACAGCUGUGGGAGGCUGAGUCCCAGGGAAUAGCUCGGUCAAUCCCCAGCCGCUCACACCAGGGUCAGGUUGCUCCAAGCCCCAUCCAGCCUGGCCUUGAGCCCCUCCAGGGAUGGGACAGCCACCACCGCUCUGGGCACCCUGGGCCAGGGCCUGCCCACCCUCACAGCAAAACAUUUCUGCCUAAAAUCUCAUCUCAAUCUCCCCUUUUUCAGCUGAAAACCACCUGCCUUGUCCUGUCCCUGCCCUCCCUGAUCAAAAGCCUCUCCACAGCUUUUCUGGAGCCCCUUUCUGUACUGGAAGCUGCUCUAAGGGCGCUCCACAGCCUUCUCUUCUCCAGGCUGAACAACCCCAACUCUCUCGGCCUCUCUGAGAAGUGUGUUCACCAUGUCCAGACUGGCUGCUCCCUUUCGCUUCGUUUCCCCCUUCCUCUUUUCUUUUCAAUUAAAUUUAAUUUUUCCCUGAGAUUUUAGACCCUCUCUUCGCUGCUUCUCUGUGCCACAGCCACUCAGUCUCUGGUUGCAUUAAUAAAACCUCUCUAAGCUUUUGAAAUCUUCCUGGCACGUGUUCUCAGGACCCCAGUCCUGGCGUGGUGCAGCCCCAACCUCAUCUCUUCUGGGCCACUGUGGCAAAUAGUGGUCCAAGAGUUGUCCUAGGGGGGACAGGGCAGCAUGAGGGAACCCAGCAUGACGGGAUGUGGCUCUGGCUCUUUCUGUGAGGGGGGAAAGGCUGUGGCCCAGCUUUGUUCGCCUGUCGUGGUCACUGGCUGUGACCUGUGUCUGUC